AUGGGGCUCAGGUCAUACUUGACAAAAAUAUGGAAUAUUUCUGCUUUUGGAUUUAUUAAUCCAUAUCUUCUAAAUAGUAAGAACCCCAGAAUAACUUCUAUAAAUGAUCUUCCUGAGCUAUUUGAAGUUGAUAAACUUGAUCAUUGGGUAGAAAAACUUUCAUUAGCUAUAGAAGAUGAAGAAAAAAAGUCAAUGUAUAGAAAUGAGAGAUUUAGAAUUCAUAGACCUCUUAUUAAAACACUUUGGAAACCAACACUUGAAGCUAUUUUUCUCAGAUUAUGUUUUGAUAUAUUGGCACUUCUUUCAUCCAUUUUUUUAUCAUAUUUUUCAGAAUCUUCAUCUAUAACUAAUACCAUGAUUUCUUCAUUAUAUAUUUUUUUAACUGUAAUAUUUAAAUCAUUUUUUGAUUGUCAUUCCAGAAUAAUUGUAUCCAGACUUUGUAUCAGAAUUGAAGGUUCUCUUAUUUGGGUUGCAUUAGAUAGAGUUGUUAGACAUAAAGAAAUGUAUCCAGAAUUACCAUUAUCAACCACUUAUAUGACAGAAUCAUCAAAAAAACCUUCAUCUUGUAGAAAAUCUCUUUUAUUAAGACAAAAUGAAGUCAAGUUUUCUAAUAGUAAUGCUGCUAGCGAAUCAUCUAAUAUAUUUAAUUUAAUCAUUGGUGAUGCUGCUGCUAUUGAAUUAUUUUUUGGUGUAUUUGUUGAUUUCUUACUAUUACCAAUAAGAUUACUUAUGUCAUGGUAUGUAUUAUCAAAAGUACUUAAAAGUUCAUCAGCAUUACCUACUUUAUUAUCAUUCUGUAUUAUGCUUGGUUUAAGCUUUUUAUUUGAAAUUAUUGGUGCAUUUAAUAAAGAACCAUUUAUGAUUAAUAGAGAUAAAAGAAUUGAUAGAUGCCAUGAAAUUCUUAGUGAUAUGAGAUUUGUCAGACUUACUGGUUUGGAAGAUGUUGCUAUUUCUAGAAUUACCAAAUCUAGAGAAGAAGAGUUAUAUUGGAAUAAAAAACGAUUUAUUUAUAGUAGAAUUGCAGCUUUUAUUGAUUAUCAUUUAAAAGUUUAUUCACAAUAUAUACUUUUUAUGUUAUCAACCUAUUAUUUAUUCUAUUAUUCAAAUAAUAAUAGUAAAGAUAACUUUUUACGUAAUGGUGCUUCAGCUCUUCAAAUACUUAUGCAACUUUCAUCCAAAAUUAGAAGUCUUCCAACAAAUAUUAUUGAAGGUAUUAUUUCCAUUCAAAGAUAUGAAAAUUUUAUUAUUACACACCCAAUUGAAAGAAGAAGAUCAUCCAGUGAUAUUAUUAAACCUAUUAAUAAUCAUAGCUUAUUGAAAAUGAAAUAUAAUUACAAUAAUAAUAUUAUUGAAAGAAUGAAUAGUAAUGAUGAUAAUAAUAUGACCAAUAAUAACUUCUCAGAAUUAAAUGAUAGAAUUUGUUCAAAUAGUUCAGUAUCGGUAUCUGAGUCUGCAUUAAUAUCAGCAUCAUCAAUUGUUUCAAAAUAUAUAAAUAUUUCAGAAACUACUUCUCUUAUUGGAGGUGAUUCUUAUUAUAAUAAAGAAGAUGAAUUAUCUUAUAUACCAGAUAGAUAUAAUACAAAAUCCAAUUCCAAUAUAACCAAUAAUAAAUUUCCUUCUAAUUUAAUGGUUCUUAUUGAGGAUGGUAUAUUUACUUGGAAUAGUGAACUUCAUAAUGAUUCAUUUACAAAUACUACUUUGAGAAAUAUUAAUAUAUCAUUAAGAUUGAGAGAAUGUAUUUUCUUAGUAGGAGAACCUGGUUGUGGAAAAUCUUCUCUUAUUAAAGCAGUACUUAAUGAAAUUAGACCAUCAGCUUCAAGUAUUUAUGUUAAACCAAGAGAAACAAAUUCUAUUAUUUCUUAUUCACCACAACUUCCAUGGAUUCCUAGUGGGAGUAUUAGAUCAGCUAUUUUACUUGGAAGAGAAUGGAAUCGUGAAAAAUAUGAAUUGAUUAUUGAUUGUUGUCAACUUAAAGAAGAUUUUUCAUCAUGGCAACUUGGGGAUCUAAGAAUUGUUGAUGAAGGAGGUGUUUCUUUAAGUGGUGGACAAAGAGCAAGAAUAUCUUUGGCUAGAGCUUUAUAUUCUCUUCCAAUAAGAUUUUCAACAUUUUCAAAAAAUAAAUUCUUUAUUGAUGCUGAAAAUCCUCAAAAAUUUGAAUCAUUACUUUAUUUAUUUGAUGAUGUUUUUGUCAGUGUUGAUCCUAAAGUAGGAUUCCAAAUAUUUAAUCGAUUAUUCGGACCAAAUGGACUCUUAUUAACCGUUUCUUCUAUUGUUACAAUCAGUAUUGAUAGUCUUCAUCAUUAUAUGGCCAAUAUUCAAUACCUAUAUAAUAACAAUAGUUCAAAUAUUUUUAAUGAUAAUGCAACUCCAGAUGAUAAUAAGGAUAUAAAUGAUUUAGAUUCAAAUCAAUCAAAUAUUAAUUCAAGUUGCAAAUUAAAAGAAUCUAGAAAAUCUUUUAUAUCGACCAAUCCUAAUCCAUUGUAUAAUAAUUCAUCAGUAAACUCAACUUCAUCUUAUCAAGACUAUAAUUUCAAUUUUGAUGGAUUCAAAUUUAAUGUAUGCGUAUUAAAUGAUGGUAAAGUAGAAUGGAGUGGGUCUUAUUCUGAUUACCUUAAAGAAACCAGGCAUAAAUUAUUUGACCAAGAAUUAGUAGGUGAUAAUUUGGUAUUAAAUACAUCAUACUUUAAAAGCUUAGAAUUAGAAUCAUUAAAUUUAAAUGAUGAUUCAAAUAAUACUGAUAACCAAUUUACAGAAUUAUUAAAUUCCGAAGGAGGUAACUGUAAAAAUAAAGAUAAUUAUAUAAAUCAUAGGUUUUCAUUUUCAUCUUAUAAUUGGUACUUUAAAUUAAUCGGAUCAAAAUGGAUGAUUGUAUUUAUUUUUGGAUGUGUAAUGAAGGUUAUUAUUGAUAAGAUACUUGAACUAUUAUAUGUUAAUAAAUCUGAUAAGAUUCAAAUCACAGAAUCAUAUGUUUAUAGAUUCUGUUUUAAUGCUACUUUGGCAGUUUUAAUUGAGAGUAUUAUUAGUUUAAUUAUAUAUAUUGGAGAAGCUAUUGGAGGCAUUGAAGCUGCAAAAAAAUCCCAUGAAAUUUUUCUUUAUAAGAUUGUAUACGCACCUUUCUGGUUCUUUUAUGUUAAUUCUGUUGGUAAGAUAUUAAGUAGAUUCAGUUCUGAUAUGCUUGCUAUUGAUAAUUGUACAAUAAGAAGAAUCACAGCGGUUAUUUUACCAUUAAUCUCACUAUUAUUUAAUGUAUCAUAUGUAUCAUUUAUGGUUCCAAUUACAUUACCUUUUGAGAUUAUUUUAAUAAUAUUUACUAUAAAGUAUAUUGGGGAUAAACUCUUGUUAACUUAUAGAGAUGCUCAAAGAUGUGCUUUAUUAGCUCUUUCUCCAUUAUGUAGUAUCUUUUCUGAAUGUUUGAGUGGUGGAACAAUUAUAAGAGCUUUUGAUGCAGAGAAGGUUUAUUUAAACAAAUGUGCAAGCUUUAUUGAGAAACUUCAAAGAGCAAGAUUUCUUCAGCAUUGUGCAUGCCAAUGGGCAGGAUUACAUAUGCAGCUUUUAACAGCCCCUUUAACAUUAAUAGUGUCAAUAAUUGGUAUAAUAUCUCCAUCAUAUAAUCUUACUUUGGCUUUGCCUUUAACUUAUACCAUAAGUUUUGCUGAAAGUAUUAAUGAGAUAAUUUUCAGGUUAAUUAGUUUAGAAAAAGAUAUGUGUUCAGUUGGUCGUAUUUACGAAUAUAUAAAUUUGAUUGAUGAAGAUAGUAAAGCUCACCCACAGAUAAUAUUAGAAGAUUUUGCUAUACCUGAUACAAGACAAGGUAUCUUAAUAUCAGAUUUAGAAGUCAGAUAUCGUCGUCCAAAUUAUAAAUUAAAUGAUUCCAAGGGCAAAGAAUUAGUUGAUUCGUCAACAAAAACUCAAUCUUAUUCGAAUGAUGUUUUUUCAAACUUGGAUAAUAUGUAUUUCCCUCCGACUUUAAAAAAUAUUAAUGAAUUCGCUGGUCCAAAUGAUCAUAUUGGAAUAGUAGGUAGAUCAGGCAGUGGAAAGUCGACCUUUAUUAUGGCACUUUUUGGAUUUGUACCAACAACAAAAGGAUAUAUUUAUUUGGAUGGAGUGCCUAUAAACCAAAUGCCAUCAUCAACAAAAAGAAAGAUUGUUGGUGUUCUUCCUCAAGUACCAUUGAUUUUAAAAGGUUGGACAGUUCGUGAUUUUCUUGAUCCUGAAGGUCAAAGAUCUUCAGAAGAUUUAUGGGAAGCUUUACGUAUUUGUUGUUUAUCAGGAACAAUAAGAUCAUUACCUGGAGGAAAAAUGUUAGAUACGGUUUUGGUUCCAGACAUAAAAAUAACUUCAUCAACCGUUGAAAAUAGUAUCCAUAAUAAGAAUAAUAUCAUCAUGAACAAUAAGAAGAACACAAACAUUUCUUGUCGUGAUGAUUGCCAAGAAUCCAUAACAAGUUUAGUUGCAAGAUAUUUAUCAGACUCUCAGCUUAGGUAUUUAUCUCUAGCAAGACUUGUUGUAAAUGCGAGAGACUAUAGAUUAAUUCUUGUGGAUGAACCACCUCCAGAUACUUUUGAAGACCAGACAAGUGCAAAGUCUUAUGUACCAGUUCAUGAAUUGUUAAGAACAUACUUCCCACAUUGUACAGUUUUUGUAGUAGCUCAUCAUGCAGCUUCACUCCAGAAUUGUAAUUCAAUUUGGGUGCUUGGUAAUGGUACUAUAGAGACAGUAAUACAUCCAAAAGCAGUUGUUAGUCAGAAAUAUCUUGCUGGAUUACUGAAGAAUAAUUGA